GACGAGAAGUUACACAGCCAGUUAAUUGUUGACGCGCAGGUAUUCGCGCUGGAAUAGUUUGCAAGUCACGCAAAAAUUUUUAUAUUUAACGUGACAACGAGUUGAUUUUUUCCAGCAUACAACGGAAACUCCUGGUUGAAUGAAAUCAAGAUUCCUAGUAAUUUUUAAACAUUAUCGACGCUAAGUACUGAUAGCGCAUCGUGCAGUUAUGGACGAAUUUAUUGGUUAUGUUUUGGGCCUCCCAGUCGUCCAAGUGACGAUGUACAAGGUGCAGGGCACCUUCCUCCACCGCUGGGACCAGCAGCCCCUGCACCCCGCCGAGUGCUACCAGUGCGCGCCGCUGGCGUCCCGCCGCGCCCACGAGCUCCUGGACUGCUUCCAGACGAUGACGUCGUCUUCGUCGGCUAGCGCCGGCGCCGCCGCCUCCUUCCAGCCCGUGGGCUGGGUGCUGGACCCCGCGGAGGCGGAGCACGAUCGCCAGCAGACCUACGUCCUGUGGAGGACCGACGACAUCGUCGAGGUGUCCGCCGCGGACAGGAUGGAGCAGGCGGCGGCCUCGCCCCGCCACAAGCCCAGCGGCAGGCGGUGCGCCGCGCCGUCGACCAAGGGCAGGGAGACGUACUCCAAGAUCCUGCAGCGGCAGCCGCGGAGGCCCGGCCCGAAGGCGAGGCGCCACACCAAGGUGUUCUGCAGCAAGUCGCUCGACCUGCGCGGCGGAGAGGCGCUCACCGAGAGCGACAGCGGGGAGGACUCCCGCCCGCUGGACGCCGCGGGGCCGACGGCGGAGGACUUCGUGGAGCACGAGGCGUGCUCCGCGCUCGCGCGCGCGCUCCAGGACUUGACCCUGUGCAAGCCCUACUCGCCGAGCCUGCGCGACCCGGGCAGCGCGCCGCGGGCCGCUGUACCCGGGUCCCUGGGUCCGGUCUCCCGGGUGCUGGCGUGGAUGCUCGACGCCGAGACAACCCCGCACUGAGCCUUCAUGAAGCCACCACUCAUUAACCGCUAUUGUUCUUUUCAUACACAGGGCAAUACCACAUUAAAAAAAAAUAUAUAUUGGCGUCCAUUCUCAUUAUUUUAAUCCACGGCAAAAAAACCUCAGCACAAGCACACAACUUAACUUUACGCAUUUUUGUUUCGUGUAGCGUGAGUAUAAAUGUUACUUCUCUUCAUCGUUACGAUUUCAGCACACAUUUAACGGCAGUUAUGUAUUGUAUUGUAUUGCAGGUACAUUGCGAUACUUGCUAUUCAAGUUUAUUACUGACCAAACUAAAAAAAAAUAACCCCACACUCUGUAAACAUUCAUCGUACAACUAUAUCAUUGAUAAUAAUUUCGCUAUGAACAUGAAUUUUCAAUGUGUAUAGUUCUCGAAGUAGUAAAACAUCUUUAUUGCUAUUUAUGUUAUACUUACUCGUUACAUAAUUUCAUGUUACAUAAAUUUUGCUAUAUAAAUUAUGUAAUUUUCAUCGUUACAAACAUUAUAUGUUGUGAUUACUCUUAGUUACACAGAUUCUUAUAUUUUAUCAGUUAAAUUUCUCUGUCCAAAGGGGACGGCUAUCUUCAUUUGUACACGAAAAUGUUUUAUCUGGUUAUGAAACAAUUGUUACUUUACCUUUAUUUUUCGUUACAACUUUUUCUGUGGUUAAUUUUGGUGAACUUAGAUCUAGCUUCUUGUAUUUGCUACACGGAUUCUAUCCACGAUUCCUAGGUCUAUGGAUUACUGUCUGAAAUGUGAAAUUUUACUUUAGGCCUGUGCUUUCUGUCGUGUUGAUAUUAAGAUUAUGUCAGUGUUCCAACAAGGUUCAUCUCAUUUAGUGAUAAUUGUUGUUUCGUUUUAUUAUUUUAAAAUGUGUUUUAAGUAAUCAUGUAUUUAUUUAGACAUAAGUAAUCAUCGACAAAUGCAUACUAAUUUAUUUAAAUAAUAAUGGUUGUUAUCGUGAUCAUUUUGUUGUUUACUGACAGUUGUUUCUUUUGGAAUUUGUAACCAAGAAAUAAAGAGAUAUACAGCAAUAAA